AUGGAGAUGUUCGUGGACCACUCCACCUUCCUGCCGUUCGACGCCGACGGCUCCAUCCCGUUCGACCGCCUGCACAACCACGAGCACGCCAUCAUCUGCCUCGCGCUCCUCGUCUACGCGGCCUCCGCGCUGCACCUCGACCGCGCCCGCGCCCAGUGCCGCGACGCGCUCUCCCUGCUCCUCGUCGCGGUCGUCUUCGCGCAGGAGCUGCUCGUGUUCCACUUCCACUCCACCGACCACGCCGGCUUCGAGGGCCACUUCCACUGGCUCCUGCAGCUCGUGGUCGCCGCGUGCCUCGUCACGGCGCUCCUGGGCAUCGCCUUCCCGCGGAGCUUUGUCGUGGGCCUGGUCCGGUCGGCGUGCGUCACGUUCCACGGGGUGUGGCUCAUCGUCAUCGGCGCCAUGGUGUGGGUCCCGAGCCGUGUGCCCAAGGGCUGCUCGCUCGUGGAGGAGGACGGCCGCAACACCGUGCGCUGCCACAGCGAGGCCAGCCUGCACCGCGCCAAGGCGCUCGCCAACCUACAGUUCGGGUGGUACCUGUCCUUCAUGACGGUUUUUGUCGUCGUGCUCUACGUCAUCGUGUGCAGGAUGUAUCCUGCGGAGACAGCGUACGUGCGGCUGCCGCCGGAAGCCGGCGAAGAGGAGGAACACCUGAAGCGCAAGUGCGGGGUCGUCUCCGGCGACGACGAUGUUCAGGGAUUCACGCCCUUGGAGAUCGAGGUGUAA